AUGAAAAAAAAAUAUGGAAUCAUAUUCAUUUCCCUGGCUUUAUUCUUACUCUUACAUCAAAUAUAUCGUUUUCGUCAAAAUAUCGAACAAAUUCAGUCAUAUUAUGAUGAUAAACACGUCAAUAUUGGCUUCACUGAAUUCGAGUUACUCCAAGCAAAACAAUAUGAAAUCGAUCUUAUACAAAAGUAUAAGUUGAGUGCCAUAGUACUUCAUUGGAAACGAUCAGCAAGUGUGGCAAGAGCUGUAAAUAAUUUAGUUAAUUCUAAGCUCUUCAAAGAAAUCGUUAUUUGGAAUAAUAAUCCAGAAAUUACUCUCGAAAAAACUCAGUUCCAACAGAAUACAAGUGUCUUAAUUGAUAUUCGUGUGAUUAAUUCAAAAGAAAAUCUUAAAGAUGAAGCAAAAUAUCGUGCAUGUGCUGAAGCAAAUAGUAUUGCUUGUUUUUAUGCUGAUGAUGAUUGGGAUGCAUCAUUCUAUCUAAAAAGUCUCAUCGCUGAUUUUCGAGCUGAUCCAUAUAUAUUACAUUCUGUUACUGAUCCAGGUACAUUCUAUACAAAUUUGAUGUGGAGUUAUUUUGACAAAAAUAUUAAUUUACAUACUGGUUUUUCAUGGAUUGGUUGUGGAAGUAUUUUCUUGCGUGAAUAUGCUCAACGACAUAUUGAAUAUUUGCACACCUAUUUAAAGAAUAAUCGUAAUUUGAUUCAUCUUAGUGAUGUAUUUUUUUCUAUUUGGUUGAAUGAUAUUCCAUCACAAUUCAAUAUGGAUAUUCGUAAUUUGCCAGGAAGCCAUACCGGUGCAUCAUUUUCAUCAUCAUCAAAUUUUCUUCAAUAUCAACAUCAAAGUUCGGUUUUAGCUAUUCGUAUUCUAGAACAUAAUCUUCGUUGGAAUCAAUCUAAUAAUACAGUUAAUAUAAAAUUUUCUCGUACAUCAAAACGUCGUUUCCCUUAUUAUAUUAAAUCAUCAAAUCCAAAUGAUGAAUUUAUAUUUUAUACGAAUAUUCUACCAAUUGAUAUCGAACAUAUUCCAUUUAAUAUUUCAAAAGAUUUCGAACGAGGUACACGAAAUAAUCUACCAAGUGGACCUGGUAUUUCUUUUUUCGCUUCUCAUACGACUUUAAGCGCAGUUGAUAACAAGCCAAGUACUUGUUGGCGCAUUGGAAGAAAUACUCGACAAGGAGAGUUUUUUGCUAUGGACUUUUUAUAUAUUCGAACAAAUCUUUCAUUUGCACUGAUAAUUGGACAUACACGUGAAUUACAAAAUAACAUUGAUAUGAACUUAUCCUUUGAUGGUCUUUUGUGGAUUACAUAUCCAUCAAAGAAAGGUAUUACUAUAAGAAGUCAAAAUUCGACAUCAAAUAAGCUACAAUAUAUGAUUAUCUUUAAUUCUAGCCAAUUUAAUCAUGGUUUUCGUUCCUUUCGAUAUGUUGCAUUUAACGCUAGUAAAAUAACUUAUUUGGAAGAAUUACAGGUAUGUGAUGUCAAAAUUAUAACAACUACUAAUAUUAAAACAUUGUAA